CGUCCCCGAGUGCUGUCUGUCGUAAGAGAACAACAGAGAGUGGAGCAGAGCGGAGCCACGGUUACAACUCUCUGACAAACAGCCAUCACACAACGGAGAUUCCCUUCAACACGCCGACGAGCCCCAUCCUGCAAUUUCCCCAAGUGAGUCCCCGAUCGGCGUCCAGCGCUCGCUUCAAGCUUCUGCAGGGCGGAGGUCCGGUCCGGCGUUUUCAAGCUGGACGAAGGAGAGGAGAGCUGGCCCGGGGGCCCGGCCCUCGUGCUGCGACACAGAACUUCCAGCCAUGCGGAGCACACGGCAGAUGGCGCGCCGGCGGGAGCUCGGGAGAAGGGCCGCGCCGCAACCACCUCAGGUUCUUCAGACGGACACCUCAGCAUCCCCCAGUGCCACUCGCACAACAGGAGUCUCCCGACGUGCGACGAGGAGAGGAGAAAAAAGGAGGAAGACGCCAGAGGAGGAGAGGAGGAGGAGGGCAGAGAAGAUAGGAGUAGUGACGAAGGUUUCAUGGGGAUGACGCCGCUGCUUCAGGCGCACCAUGCCAUGGAGAAGAUGGAAGAGUUUGUGCACAAGGUGUGGGAGGGCCGGUGGCGCGUCAUCCCUCACGACGUGCUCCCCGAUUGGCUGAAGGACAACGACUUCCUGCUGCACGGCCACAGGCCGCCCAUGCCUUCGUUCCGCGCCUGCUUCAGAAGCAUCUUCAGGAUCCACACGGAGACGGGCAACAUCUGGACACACCUGCUAGGCUGCCUGUUUUUCCUCUGCCUGGGCCUGAUGUACAUGUUCCGACCCAACAUGUCGUUCGUGGCGCCGGUCCAGGAGAAGGUGGCCAUCGGCAUGUUCUUCCUGGGCGCCAUCCUCUGCCUGUCCUUCUCGUGGCUCUUCCACACCGUCUACUGCCACUCGGAGGGCGUGUCCAGGGUCUUCUCCAAUGUACUGCUCGCAUGUGAGAAUGAAGCGCCACAGUCGGCGAUGAACUUUUCAGCCGGGGAGAAAAGUCAAAUAAAUAAACCCAAUGCGCACACUCAUAGUCAGUCACUUCAACAGGCUGGAUUACAGCGGCAUCGCCUUCCUGAUCAUGGGCUCGUUCGUGCCGUGGCUCUACUACUCCUUCUACUGCUCUCCUCAGCCGUGCAUCAUCUACCUGCUGGUGGUGUGCGUGCUGGGCCUGUCCGCCAUCACCGUGUCCCAGUGCGACUUCUUCGCAACGCCGCAGUACCGAGGGGUCCGCGCAGGUGUGUUUGUGGGCUUGGGUCUGAGCGGCGUGGUGCCCACCCUUCACUUUGUCAUCAGCGAGGGUCUCAUCCGAGCCACCACCAUCGGGCAGAUGGGCUGGCUGCUGCUCAUGGCCACGCUUUACAUCACCGGAGCCUGCCUAUACGCCGCUCGCAUCCCGGAGAGGUUCUUCCCCGGCAAGUGCGACAUCUGGUUCCACUCUCACCAGUUGUUCCACAUCUUGGUGGUGGCGGGCGCUUUCGUUCACUUCCACGGUGUCUCCAACCUGCAGGAGUUUCGCUACACAGCCGGAGCGGGUUGCACCGACGACGGAAUGCUCUAACCCACGCUAACGCACACGUGUUCACUUCCACCUUACUACAGGGAGCCGUCGUUUUUUUGUAAUGACGCGCACACUCACUGGCCGCCCUCCCCAGAGGACAGUGUGACUUGUCAUGUCGCAGGACGGCCUCACAGGGGCCGCCAUUUCAACUGACGUUCUCCUCUCAAACCACUUUGUGAGAGCUUCACUAAAUACUAGCUGGGACCUCUGGAAAAUAACCAUCCAUUUCCUCUUGGAGAUUUUCAUGAUUUAUAUCGCAGAGGAAGCAUCAUUUUUUUGUAUUAAAAAAUAUUUUUGGGUGUUUGUAUGAAUGCUGUUUUUCUAAUACAAACCUAAGAGCAUUCAUAUAAAAAAAAGUACUUGAAUAGCUUCCUUGAUUGUGAAGGUUGCAAGGGGGCUUCUAUGGGGUGUCACUUUUAAAUUAAAAAAAAAAAAAAAAAAAACGUUUUCCAUGUAAAUAAGAUUUCUAAAUUUGGGUUAUAGAUUUGUAUAAAAUAUAUAUAUUAAAAGGAACAAAAAAUAAGGCUGUACGCUGAGGUUGAGGGUGCUGCAGUGGAACUAUUAUUCUUAUUUCAUUGAAUAUGCAAGGAGAAGCGUUGAAAAGGUCUCCGUCACUUUUUUCCACCUGCGAACGGGAACUUUAAUCACGUUUGCUGCGUGUCCAACUCUGACCUCGUCCGAAUGUUUGCGCUUGAAACCAAAUCUAAGAUGAUAUGAAAGAAUAUUUUUAAUAUGCAUUCAUCUAUGUUGUCUCUUUGCUGUCAAUUUUUUUUUAUUUUUUUAUUUUAAUGCCUUUUAGUCAGAACCUAAUAAAUCAGCACAUUUAAAAUGCCAACAUCAAAAUAUAUCAAAACAUUUGACCGAAUGACUCAAAUAAUAAAACAAAAAUCUCUCUAUUUGUUCACAUGACAUAUAAGUUUUCUAUUGUUUAAAUAUUUGUUUUGUUCAUCUAUUUUUGACAUCAUGCUGUUAAUGAUUGGCAAGUGUCUUUAAUAUCUGCUUUACUCAUGAUUGAUUUUAUUGCGUUUACCUUCUAUUAAUUUAUUGCAUUUCGGAUGGCGGCAUAUUGUAUGUUGAUGCGCACUUUGCAUUGUGAGAGGAGUGUUUGCGUCAGAGACCUUUACAUCUGCUUUAUUGUUCUAAUAAAAAUGCUUUGUUAAUUCUA